AUGAAGCUUGACGACCUGAUCAUCACAAUAGCCUACUUCUCCAUCCCAGUCCAGUUGGUAGCUUCAUUGGCCUUCUAUCCUCGGCUCAUAUCAAUGCCUCCACAUGUUUUGGGAGUGUUUAUACUUGUGGCUCUCUUUAUCCUUUGCUGUGGAACUGGUCAUCUCUUACGAUGUGCUGACAAGGCAGACACAACGCUAUUUCACAUUGUCCAAUGGAUCACAGCCGGUGUGUCAAUUUUCACAGCAGUAGUCCUUCUUCCCAUGAUACCCCUCCUGAUGAGUGAGGUGGAUGAAGGACUGGAACGAAUGCGCAAACUUGAUCGUGAAGCAGCCCAGGGGGACAAAUACACUGCAAUGAACAUCAUGAGUGAGGACAAGGCAGAAAGAAUGAAGCUGAUUGGUCAACCACCCAAUCAUUAA